AUGAAGGAGAAGACAGCCUUCAUAGCCCAGACACUUUGCUUCUUUCCAUUUGGCAAAGGGACCAACUAUCUGCAAACUUGUGGCAACUGAACGAUGCCAUGACAACUUUACUCACAGCCCUGCUGUGUGUUGCACUGAGUCAUCUGGGCCUCUGGGUCCCGGCAUUGGCAGGGGGCUUCUCUAAACCUACACUUAGAGCAGUUCCAAGAAAUGUGGUAACGACUGGAAACCAAGUGACAUUCUUCUGUCAAGGGCCCUUAGAGGCCAAGGAAUACCGUCUCUGCAAAGAAGGAAGUCCAGAUUGCUUGUUACCAACAACACUUAUAGAAACCGAGAACUUGGCCAAAUUCUCUAUCUCAACAGUUGAGUGGUACAAUGCAGGCCGAUAUAGGUGUGAAUAUAAGAGCCCCAAUGGCAAAAGAGAACGCAGUGACUACCUGGAGCUGGUGGUGACAGGAGUUCACCAGAGCAGUGUCACCCUGUCAGCCCUUCCCAGCCCAGUGGUGACUGCAGGAGGAAAUGUGACCCUUCAAUGUGUGUCACAACAUCCAUAUAACAGGUUCAUUCUGAUGAAGGAAGAUGAGAAGUUCUUUCCGGCUUUGCCCUCACAGAAAAUACACCCUGAGUUAUUUGGAGCCCUGUUCACAGUGGGUCCUGUGACCCCCAACCAGAGGUGGAGGUUCACAUGCUAUGGGUAUUCCUUGAGCAACCCCCAGCUGUGGUCAGUUCCCAGUAGUGUCUUAGAGCUUCUGGUCUCAGGGACCCUUCACAAACCCCGCAUAUGGGCUCAUCCUGGUUCUGUGAUUACCUCAAGGAGUCCUGUUACCAUCUGGUGCCAGUCGACCCGAGAAACCCUCAUCUAUGUGAUAUAUAAAGAGGGAAGCCCAGAACCCUGGGACCAACAGGCCCAAAUAGCCCACAACAAAGAGGCAAAACUCCCCAUUCCAUCUGUGACACAAGUGCAGGCAGGACGAUAUCACUGUUACACUUACACCUCUGCGGGAUGGUCAGAGAGCAGUGACACCUUGGAGCUGGUGGUGACAGGAGUCUACAAGAAACCCACCCUGUCAACCACACAAAAUCCUAUUGUAAACUUAGGAGGGUCUGUGACCCUCUCUUGUACCUCAAGUCAGAGAUACGACUGGUUCAUUUUAACUAAGAAUGGUCAGAAGUUUUCCAUCCCUCAGAACUCAAGAUACACACACACUGGGAUGUUCCUGGCUGAGUUUCCAGUGGGUCCAGUGACCUCUAGUCAGAGGUGGAGGUUCAGAUGCUAUGGCUAUUACACAAAUAAUUCUCAGGUGUGGUCAGAAGGGAGCGAACCCCUGGAGCUCCUGGUCUCAGGAAACCUCAAGAAACCCACCCUCUGGGCUGAGCCAGGCUCUGUCAUCAGCACAGGGAAUCCUGUGACCAUCUGGUGUGAGGGGACCAAGGAAACCCAAAUAUAUUUCCUGUAUAAAGAAGGAAGCCCAGCACCCUGGUUCAGUCAGAUUCCAAAAGGUCCUGGUAAAAAGGUCACGUUCUCCAUAGCAUCCAUGGAAAAGCAUCAUGCAGGGCAAUAUCGCUGUUACUCUUAUGAAUCUACAGGGUGGACAGAGCACAGUGACUCCCUGGAGCUGGUGGUGACAGGUGUUUACCAUGGCAAACCUACUCUGUCAGCUUUGCCCAGCCCUGUGGUGACAUCAGGUGGGAAUGUGACCCUUCAGUGUAUCUCAUCCAAAGGAUAUGAUGGGUUCAUUUUGACUGGUGCUGAUCUGAAGUUCUCCAGGUCCCAAAAGGCAAAGUUAUUACACACUGGACAGUCCCAGGCUCUGUUUCCUCUGAUCCUUGUGACAUCCAGCACACAUGGGCCCUUCCGAUGUUAUGGAAACUAUAUAAAUAUCUCAAAUGUGUGGUCAGAGGGCAGUGACCCUCUGGAGAUACAUGUUUCAGUCUCACAGCCCCAGGAUCACACAGUGGAGAACCUCAUCCGGAUGGGCAUGUCUGCCUUGAUCCUCACAGCUCUUGGGAUUUUGCUGUUUGAGGCUUGCCGCAGCCAGAGAAGGACCCAGAAUUCAUCCUAGAAGUAUAGAGGAGAGACCAUAGUACGCCUAGUCUGGUGAUCAAGUCGUGGAAAUAAAUUUGAGGAUCUCAGGUGCUUUUUAAGAGAAAAUUCAGUGCUUAAUUUUGUGAAUUACUUGUGAUAAACUAUCCAGCAAGAUAAUGUGUUUUGGUUGCAGGAAAAGACCUAAAUAUUGGGGUGAUCAGCUCUUCUACCACCACAUUAAGACUCUUACCCUGUACUUUGUUGUGCACUUUUGAAGAUUUUUCCAUUCCUCUAUUUUAAGUCCAUGAUGUAAGGUAACAUCUAGUGUCACCAAUGAGGUUUACAUUCUCACCUCUGUAUAUAUUUUGCUUUUCCUCAGUCUCAUGUGAUAUUUUCCUUUAUUAUACAUCACCACAUACCACAUUGUGUAUUAUAAGACUAUCUGUCCUGAAGAGAUCUGUAAGGCAACACCUAAAUCAAUAAAUUCAUAUACAUGUGGUUA